CGAACACUCAGCCUUCGUUUUGGGGUCCAGCUGUGCCGUUUGUGGCUCAUCCAGAUGUUUGUGUGUAAGAUUAAAUCUGUGAUUGUCGGCAAAGUUUACUCCUGAUGUGGUCGCGCAGGUGCGUAAACGCGUAAAGAGUGGAACCGUGGCUUUGCGCGUAAAAUGUGAUGUGGUGGAAGCGCGGGGUAGACGUGGGUGGAUGCGCUGUUUUGUUUUGGGAUUUUUUUUGGCAUGUCUUGGCAUCCGUCCUCCUCACCGCAGUGCCCGUGCACAUCAUCAGCAGUUUGCCCUGGGAGGCAGCGAGCACUUAUGAGCCAUGUGUUGCUCUCAGUGUCGCUUGAAUCGAAUGAGGAGAUCCACAGAGCGUAACGUUGGCCCGGAGGAGGGCUCAGGCAACGUUUUCAGGGAAGCACGGGGAACGGGUCAGACCAGUACCGAGGAGCGACUCAGCUGCUGCAGCUGCGGCGUGUCGGUGCGUCACUCCGCCGACCUGUCACUGCGCACUUCUUCCUUUUUCAGCCGUCGAUCUAUUUUGCAGCGAAACACUUCCUCCAUACCAGUCAGUGUGUAACACAACUCACCAUCCUCACCCAGCACCUUGUAAUAAGCAAAAUUACCUUUGAGUCGCCUUCAGGGCCAAUUUUCCUGGUUAAAGCGCGAAAGUUUACGCUCUCUGCUUCUUGUUUGCGUGUCUGUUUCCACAGCUUAUGUGGCACUGUAACACAACAUUACACACACACUCAGCUGGCGCUUUAGGUACCCUAAGGGACAGCUUCCACACUUUAAACACACAUGCUCAGAGAAAUCAAACCGGUUAGGUUGUGUAAACUUAGAGAUUUCUUUUUCUUUUUGGGGUUGAACCAGCCUCUGUCGUGUUAGAUAACGCCUGCUUAAAUGUGAGUAUCUGCUUGUUAACAUUUUAACCAUUUCCAGUCCAAAUGCUCAAUUAGCCCUCAAAAUCUAUCAAACGCUGAGGUGCCUGAGCGUUAAAAAGGUUCAGCUAUAAUAAAAUAAUGAGUGUGGCUUUGCUCCCUGGUGUUUAACAUCCAGAGAUGCAUGAAAACGAGGAUUUAUGAGCUUUAGCUAAGCAAGAAGGUAGAUUUUAAAGAUGAUAUGCUGUGUUCUGACUGAAGUAUGUAACGCUGGAUGGACACAGAGGCAGAAGGGCUCUGGGUAUGGUAGUUGGCAGCUUAUGAUGUGUGCGUGAUGCAGCUAACAGGGCUGAGAGGCUGAGAUAAACAUAUUAGCACAGCUAAGGCAGAGGAGGUUAAAGGUCCCUGAAAAAUGACCAAACUCGAGUCAAGAGAGUGUCUGCAACAUGAGCUCAGUCAUUAAUAUGCUGCUGCAUGAUUUGAAUUAUGAAAAAGUCCUGAUCCUAAGCUUAAUGUCCACACUGAAAGUGUUCAAACAUUUGAUGCUGUCAUAUAAACGAUGAGUUUUUAGAAACUUAAAGACAUCCUGCUCAUAAAUAAUCCCUUUAAAAGGCUGAAAACACAGAGAAUAGCUAAACAGGUUUUGGAAGUUCAUGUUUGCUCAGAAAAAUGAGACACACGACGAAAGGCUCAUCCAAAGCAGGAAACGUGGUCGAUACGUCAUCACUUUACAAACAGAUUGCAUGUCUGAUAUAGUCCGCACUUUUUCAGCAGUGUUGCUGUGUCCAGAGUGAGUGUGUCACAGCAUUGUGAGUGUAUAGUAUCUAAACUAAGCAGAAUAUCAGGUGAAACCAUUUGAGUUGAGAUAAUAAGCUUUUUUCUCUUUAACCUGCAAGUGGGUUAAUAUAUGAGGCCAGCUGUAAGGUACUUUUAUAGGGAACUGGAUCAUUAGUGUUCCAAAAAUAUCUAUAUGUAAAGAAGUUUGACAUUAUACACUCAGAUUGCUUUAAAGUUUCCACUUUUCACGACUGCAAUGUGAUAGUUUGCUGUGACCUGUGGAUGAUGGACCUGGAAUAGAAAGAUUUACUGCUGCAGAACGUGACUGAUGCAUAAAUGACAUUCAGUGUUAAACAAACAGAACCAUCAAAAAGUCACAAAUGACCCCACCUGGUUAUUUAAGCGUAUUUAAACAGUACCUGUAGUUCGUAAUCAAAAUAGUUAAUUCAACGUUUAAGUUCACCACCACCUUCCUGUUUUUAAAAGAUUCCAGUGUUUAAGGUUUCACAGUUCAGAAAGCCUGCAGAGAGUUCCUUUUAACAGAGUUGCAUCAUCGCUGCUGCUGCAAGAUUGUUGUGGGGCAACAAAAUUACAGUUCAGGUCAGUGAUGAAGUUUGUUGAGACACUGCUAGGAUGCGAUGAGAUGGACAGGAAGUGUAAGCAGGAAGUCUGAAGACAAGUGCGGGAAAAGUGACACGCGGUUUCUUUUCUUGUUGUGUUGUUUCACACAGACCUGCUUCUCCAGUGUGUCGGAGGGUUUUAUUUUUGUUGGUCUGAUUUAAACGAAGCAGAGUUGACUCGCUCGCUUCCAUAGAGACUGUCGAGGCUGAUUAAUAGGACCGGCUUGUACGCAGGUGAGCCCCGGGCUCCAGACUGAGUGCUAGCCAUGCUGCAGCAGAUUGAGCCAUCGUCCAGCACCCUGCAGCUGGUUGCCAGUGAUAUGAGCGACAUCAUGGACAACCUGGACACCCGCGAUCUCGACUUAGGCGAUGGAGAUUAUGACACGACAGACACCAACGCACCUGCAGAGGGUUUGCCUUUUAAAGAGAUUUACAACACAGUGGGUUUCAAGGAGACAGAGGCCAAAGUCUACCUUUCCUCUCCCAUCACUGUCAAAAUCCUGGAGGUGGAGCGUUUCACCUCAGUUCAGGACCGCUUCAACCUCACCACGCAGAGGAGCGUCAACAAGUCAAUGCCAGCUGUGUAUAAAAUUGAGAUGAAACAUGGAGAGUUUACAUGGUUGGUGAAGAGGAAGGAGAAGCACUUCAUCGAUCUCCACAGAGAACUGAGAACAUACAAGACCUUCAUGAAGAUUCCACUUCCACGCAGUCACACGGUGAAGAGGAACAUACCGUUGAGGAGUGAGGUGAGCCAGAUCCCAGAACUCCCCAGAGGAGGCGAUGGCGAACUGGACAGAGGAGUUUCCAGUCGAAGGAAACAACUGGAAGAUUACUUGAAUACUGUGCUAGCGAUGCAGAUGUAUAGGAACUACCACGCUACGAUGGAGUUCAUUGAUGUUAGUCAAUUGUCUUUCAUUCACGACCUGGGACCAAAAGGACUAGAGGGAAUGGUGCUGAAGAGAUCCGGCGGCCAUCGGAUCCCCGGCAUGAACUGCUGUGGUCGCAGCAGAAUGUGCUACCGCUGGUCCAAACGCUGGUUGGUGGUGAAGGACUCGUUUUUGCUGUACAUGAAGAUGGAUUCAGGCGCCAUCUCCUUUGUAAUGCUGUUUGACAAAGAGUUUGGCAUCAAGAUGGACUCCAAGGACACAGAUACCAAACACGGCGUCCGUGUGGACAGUCUCUCCAGGUCUUUGGUGCUCAAGUGCAACAGCUACAGACAUGCCCGCUGGUGGGGUCAGUCCAUUGAAGGCUUUGUCCAGAAGCAUGGCUCAGCCUUCCUCAAAGAUCACCGCUUUGGAUCUUUCGCUAGAGUGGAAGUGAACAUCCCUGCCAAAUGGUACGUGAACGGGAAAACAUACAUGGAGGAUGUGGCCAAUGCUCUCGAAGAAGCCAAGGAGGAAAUCUUUAUCACCGACUGGUGGCUGAGUCCAGAGAUCUUUUUGAAAAGGCCAGUUGUUGAAGGAAACCGAUGGCGUCUCGACUGCAUACUAAAACGCAAAGCGCAACAAGGAGUUCGAAUCUUUGUGAUGCUCUACAAGGAGGUGGAGUUAGCUCUGGGCAUUAACUCAGGAUACAGCAAGAGAACACUGCUGCGCCUCCACCCCAACAUCAAGGUGAUGCGCCACCCAGACCACGUCUCCUCCGCUGUGUACCUGUGGGCGCAUCAUGAGAAGAUCAUCGUCAUUGAUCAGUCGGUGGCCUUUGUGGGUGGGAUUGACCUUGCUUAUGGACGUUGGGAUGACAGGGAACACCGGCUCACCGAUGUUGGGAGUGUGACGCUCUCUCACUUGGAGCAGGCUGCAGCUGCCUCUCCCAGCAUGGCUGCCCAAGCCAACGGCAGUGGUACGUUUUCCCAGAGCAACGGAAAAGGCGUAUUCACUGUGGCAGACUCGAUGGACCAGCCAAGGCUAAAGAGUCACGGGAGGUUGAGGAGGACCAGGAUGAGCAUCAGAAGACACCUGCAGAAACACGGGCUGGCCCAUCCCGAUAGCGACAGCGACCUGGAGCACGAAGAGUCCUCUGACCCAGUGCAAAAUGAGCCUGCGGGGGUCGGAGAGUUGCAUGGGAACACGCGAUUCUGGCACGGGAAAGACUACUGCAACUUUGUGCACAAGGACUGGAUUCAGCUAGAUAAGCCUUUCGAUGAUUUCAUAGACAGGCACAAAACUCCCAGAAUGCCUUGGCAUGACAUCGCCUCAGUGGUUCAUGGGAAAGCAGCUCGGGAUGUGGCCAGACAUUUCAUCCAGCGGUGGAAUUUCACUAAGCUUGUGAAGCCAAAGUACCGCUCCCUGUCAUACCCAUAUCUGCUGCCCAAAUCUCACACCACUGCUGGAGAACAGCGAUACCAAGUCCCCAACUGCAUCCCCACCAAAGUACAGAUCCUGCGCUCAGCUUCAGAUUGGUCUGCUGGCAUCAAAUACCAUGAAGAGUCCAUCCACAAUGCCUACGUCCACGUCAUCAAGAACAGCCAGCACUUCAUCUACAUAGAGAAUCAGUUCUUCAUCAGCUGUGCCGACAACAAAUAUGUUUUCAACCAGAUAGGAGACGCGAUUGCAGAGCGCAUCAUUCGUGCGUACAGGGAGGGUAAAACGUAUCGCGUUUAUGUGGUGACGCCGCUGUUGCCGGGAUUUGAAGGAGACAUCAACACUGGAGGCGGCAGCGCCAUCCAGGCUGUCAUGCACUUCAACUACAGGACCAUGAACAGAGGAGACCACUCCAUCAUUUCCCAGCUCAAGAAAGAGAUGGGAGAUAACUGGAUAAACUACAUCUCCAUCGCUGGUCUGAGGACUCACACUGAUCUGGAGGGGAAGCUCGUCACUGAGCUCAUCUAUGUCCACAGCAAGAUGCUAAUCGCGGACGACAACACCGUCGUCAUCGGUUCUGCCAACAUCAACGACCGGAGCAUGCUGGGAAAGCGGGACAGCGAGGUGGCGGUGAUCGUGGAGGACUCGGAGAUGGUGGACUCGGUGAUGGACGGAGAGCCGUACAAGGCGGGAAAAUACGCCCUGCAGCUCCGGCUCGAGUGCUUCAAGACGAUCCUCGGCACUUACACAGAUCCCACCAUCGAUGUUUCGGAUCCAAUCAGCGAUCACUUCUACAAGGAGGUCUGGAUGUCCACCAGCGCUCGCAACGCCUCCAUCUACCAGCGAGUUUUCCGCUGUCUGCCAUCCAGCGACGUCCGUAACAUAAUGGAGUUGGAGGGCUACCUGGCCAAGGCCGGCCUGGACAAGGAGGACCCGGCUCGGGCUCAGGAGGAGCUGAAGAAGAUCCGUGGCUUCCUCGUUCAGUUUCCUCUUCAGUUCCUGUCUGAACAAAACCUGCUUCCACCCAUCGGCUCCAAGGAGGCUAUGGUGCCCAUGGAGGUCUGGACCUGAGGCAGAGGGGGCACGUCUGUGUUCGUUGAGUGGAAGGUGGAUAGAAAACACUCUGACGCCAUUCUGGAGGUCUGACGGGGCUCUGACCAAAAACAGAUGAGGUCAUGCUGGAGCUUUUUAAAUGUUAUGAUCUCUGUUUCACAUCAUAGAUUAUAGCUCAUGAUUGCAUGUUAAGAAGACAGCAUCUCCCUGAGUUGAGACUCUCCACAAACACACAGACCGAUGUCAAAAAUGCUGACAUGUUCACAGAGAGCAGAGACUGGAAAAAUGAAGUAAUCAUAGAUAAAAUCAUACAUGAAGUUUAAAGGAUAAAUAAAUGUAUUGACAACAGGCAAUUUAUGUGAUUUAAAUAGAUUACCUGGCAGCCUCAACAGGCGUGCCACAGGAAAACAGGUGUGGUCAAAACCGUUUAAAAUGGUUGUGUCACACAAGGAAAUCACAGAAAUCGGAGAUUAUUUAGAAACACCUACUAAUUACUGUGAUGAGCUUUAAGCUGCAGCUUUAGAGGAAUGUCUGCCCUUAAGGCAGAAAUAUUUCUGGAUACUCAUGUCAAUAAAGCAGGAACUAAAAUGCGGUCAGUUCCCCAAAUUUUGUCCAAGCAGGCUUUUGUGUGUUUGUUCAAACCCACAUUUGUUUGAGUUACACUAAUCUGAAAAAGCUCUAAUAAGCUCCAGUUUCUAAACGAAUAUACGAGACCACACCUGACUAUACACACUUAGCAGCCACAACAUUAAACCUUCUGACAGGUGAAUCACAUCUUGUGAAAAAACAGUGCUUUGCUGAGAAGCUUUGAGUUCUGGCAUCCCAUCAAAAGAUAGUUGCAGACUAAAUGCAUACACCCUUUUAUGUUACCAACACUCCCUGACAGCAGCGGUCUCGUCCCAGCAUGAUGAAACAUGACGCAAAACCUUCCCGGGAACACGAUCUCCACCUAGAGGCCAAAACUUCUAAUCUUCACUAAAAUCUGGUCGACCAUCAGCAGGAUGAGCCAGAGCAGGCAGAGCAAUCAAUGCAGCCCACAUUAUUAAAGGACAGUCAUUAGGGUCGGGCAUGGACCUCAAGUCCUGGGCAGUUUUUGCUUUGUGGAGGAGACCACUGCUGUUGCAACAGGUGGUAGCAUGUUGAUGUGCAUGAGCUUGGUCUGCAGAAAUCGUGAUACAUACCAGGGCCCUGGGGCAGAAUCUUUAAUUGCAUCAAAAUUACAAAUGUUAUUCAUUUAAACUGCCAGGACUUCUGUUCUCACAGCCUGGGGUGACCACAUUAUGACUGCCCCCACUUUGUGACAUCAUACAGAGCCAAUAGUGGAAACAUUUUUAUAAACGGAGGGUUUGGAGCAGUGUGAGUUUUGGGCUCAGCCAUGUUUAACAUGACUAUCCACCAUCUGAUUUAUGACAGAAGGUGGACAGACCUAAAUGUUGUGGCUCUUUGGUGUGUGUUACUUUCUGUGUUUAGUAGCUCCAAAAACCAGAAUUGACUCUUUGUUACAGACAUACAGCAGUUUUGUUUACAGCCUUGUAAACGUCACCUCCAGCAUGGCGUCAGCUGUGAUGUAACAUCUAUGAACCUAACCUUACAAUGUUCAAAGACUGAGAGAGACUCCACAGCUUCCCAGAGCUCAUAUGUGCACACAGGUUGCUUCUGAACAGAAGCAACAGACAUGGGCGUACAAACCAGCAACAGAGGGAGCGAUGGACUCUACAGUGCCUGAAAAUCUAGGCCUCGUGUUUACAGGAAAAAAUGAAAUUCCCCUGUCACCGUGAAGCUAUUACUCUACCUUUUUUGUUUGUUUUUUAAGUACAGCUUGAGCCUCCGUUCUCUAACAACACUAUGCAACGUCCAGCUCUGACUCUUCUGCUUUCAAAAGACACUAAAUCGUUAAAUCCAGCAGAGCAGAGGCGGGGAUGAAGAGCCGGAUCGAGCUGUCGGGCGUCUCUGCACAUGUUUUCCUUUUAAACUCGUCUCAUGUGGCUGCUUUUAAUAUUUAUGUCAAACAGGAAAUCAAACGUGCCAAAGAUGACGGACUGUACGCUGAUGUUAACACACAUUCCUCAUACUGUGGAUUCUGCAUGACUUAAGCCUCAAGUGACCUACGUUUAUACCAGCUGUACUGAUAUAGCUCUAUGUUGCUGGUUUCUAAUUUCCUAAUAAUAAUUUUCUGGAAACCACUACUGUAACUUGGUGAUUGGGGGAUUUAAAUAAUAAUAAAUAUUAAUUUAUUACUUGUGUGUAA